GUUUAUAUUUCAGGUAUUCGUGGGAUUAUGGUGACAACUCCACGGUCCAAAACACCACGAACCGCACCAUCUCACACAGGUAUACGUCCAACGGCGAGUUCUGCGUCUUCUUAGUAGCAAAAAACUUUUUCUCCGAGGCCAUUCUCAACUUUAAGAUCUCGGUGGUUACGCCAAUCAAUGGUUUUGGAUUUGUCAAGAACAUUACGCCGGUAGAAACGGGAUACCCGACAAACAUUGGCAUCGAAAUCCGGAACGGAAGCAAUGUUAAUGUUACUGUUAACUUCGGUGACGGUUCCGAGCCUGUGUGGAUUGUGAAUGUGGACGACAUAUUGGACAUUUUUGUUAUUUCCCUGUGGCAUAAUUACAGCACGGCCGGUCACUACAAUGUUACGAUCCAGGCACGGAAUUUGCUGGAUUCCAUGACAGCCAGUAGUAUAGCACAAGUACAAGAUCCAAUUAGGAAUCUUACCGUGAAGCAAACGUAUGACACCAAAUGUCUGGAAGUGAAUGGGACACUCAGAAUUCACGUGAGCGUCAACGGAACAGAUCCGCAACAUUUCUACGAUUUUGGUGACCAAACAAACCUGACACUGCGUCAAUCCAUUGGAAACCACUCUUAUACUACUCAUGGAGAAUACGUGCUGAAUAUUACAGUGUUUAAUUUCAUCAGCCGCGUCACAUUGAACAGCACUGUAACGGUGUGCAAGCCAGUGAUUCCAUUGGUCGGGCUCAGCGUGACCAGCCCUGCCACGAAUCUUAGUGACCCUGUGGAGUUCACGAUGUCUUUAGCUGAAGCUUCCGAUUUUGAAUGCCUUUUUGACUACGGAGAUGGCAGCUUCGGCUUCUUUGGAAAGAGCUGUUACAAUCUGACUUACUUCGCGGAUGGUGUCACCGCAGACAGGACCCCUUUUAUGAAUCUGAAGUUCAAAGCGUACCACAAUUACACCGAAGUGGGACGCUACGAGGUUUACGUUAACUGUUCGAACAGAAACAGCAAAAUGAACGAUACUUUGUACGCAGUUGUACAAAAACCAAUUGAAGAUCUUGAGUUACCCUACAUAUCUCCUAAGAUUCGUGGCCAGAACAAUCCUAUCAACUGGACGAUGGCAAACGGUACCAAUGUCACUUUUCAUCUGGAGGCCGAAGGAACAACGAUCAAUUAUACUAAGAUGAAAACAGACACCGGAGAUUUUUUCCUCACUACAGGCAGUAACAUUGUCUCAGCAGGCGUUUAUCUUGUCAAGCUUCGAGCCCAGAAUGAAGUUUCUGAGGCAACUCGCUCUAUUACCCUUAUAAUUCAGGAUGACGUCACACAAGUGUCAUUCAAUACUUGGACGACCACAAGUGACUUCGGGUCGAACAUUCAUGGAUUUGGACCAGAGAAAAAUAUCUUCCCCUGUGAACACAAAGUAAAUUUUACUGCUAUGCCCGAUAAGGGAACAAAUUUAACUUACUUGUGGAAGUUUGACGAUGGCACGGUAAAGAAUACCAGCGUGUCGACCACCACCCACAAGUACGCAGAAACUGAAGCUGAAUAUUGGACAAAUGUGACAGUACACAACCUGGUGAGCAGUAUCACCAAGUCCUUUCGACUUAAAACAGAAAAAAGUGUCCAAGGCCUCACUAUUGAUGACGGAGGUCGUCCCGUGAAGGUGAACAGGACUACCACUUUCACGCUUGGUUUUACUCGGUUUGGCACUCGAACGUGCGUCAAAAUGGAUAUGGGUGACGGACAGGGUUUGUUUUUUUUCGGAGGAAGCCACUGUCAGUCCAUAGCACCAAAUAAAUAUGAAUCGAAGGAUGAUAACACCACCGAAAUCAUUCAACCCUACAAUUAUUCUACUAUUGACGAAUUCUGGGUAACAGUCAACGCCACCAACAAUGUGUCACGCCUUACAGAAAAGUACAAAUCUGUCACGGUCGCACUGUCUUGCUUCUAUCCAAACGCUAUCCUGUUGGGUGUGAGUCCAAAUGCAACCACGGCAACAAAGAUGAAUCGCUCGGAGCCUAUAAGUAUCAAGGCCGAGAUAGAGGUCAACUGUGAGGCUUCAAAAUCUACGGCUUUUAGGUGGGAAAUCUUCAAUGCAUCAAAAGAUCAGGUCAAUUAUCAACCCUUUGCCGAGGCUGAGGAGCCUAAGAAGCCUGUGUGGGAAAGUAACCAGGCAGAAUUGUAUGUUCGGGAGAUUGGACUUAAUUUCGGCUUUUACAAGUGUGUCUUUACCGUCUCGAUGGAAGACGUUGAGGGAGUUUCCGGAACGGCGAUUGGCUAUAUUCACGUGGUGGCAACACAAUCCCAAGAUUCUCUGCAGGCGUUUGUGGAUGGAGGCCUGCGGAAACGUUACAAGUUUGGAGGAAACGUAAGUUGCCUAAACCACAAUGAUACGUUACAGUUUAUGAUAAAUAUAAUCUCAGGCCGUCAAUCCACCCUCUAACUUUGUCUGCAACGCCUGCGGAAAAGACUAUCAUGGAAGGAUCGCACUGCUGAGCCACUCCAGACGCCGCUCUCAACAGGACUGGUCUUGACCGACCAAGGCGCUUCCAUUAUCUUUCGAGAUAGACGGUUCUCUACUACUGGCACUGUCAAUGAUAAAUAUAAUAAAUCAAUAAUCUCCACUUACAGAUCGAACGCUUGACAGAAUUUAAAAGCCGUUAAGUGAUUUUUAAAGGACCUACUUCACGGUUUGGACAUCUUGAAAAGUUUAGCCUAAAUGUUUCAAAUUCGUCGUUUGUAAUCGGUGUUAAUC